AUGAUCCCUUUUUUUAAAAUCGGAAUUGUAUUAGUAAGACAAAUAAGCAAACCUAUAUCCGGCUAUAUAAAGAAAAAGGCCAUAGAAAAUAAAAAAUUUAAAAGUAUAUGUAUAUUUUGCGGAAAAAAAUAUUAUUUUUUUGAACAAUAUAUCCAAAAAAAAUUUUAUAAUUCCAAUUUAACCAAUGUUAAUUAUAGUUCUUAUAUAAGCGAAAGUAAAUCUGUGAAUGUAGGUAGUGAAAUACUUGGAGAAACCAUCAUAUUCUUAACAGCAGCUUUAAUUAUUAUUGCUGAAUAUAAAAGAAAUAGUAUAAAGGAGUCAAAAAAAGAAUUAGCGUUAAAUCAUAAAUUAGAAACGUUAAAAUUACAAAUAAAAGAGUUACAACAAGAGAAUGAUGAAAUUAUGAAAAUUGUAUUACCACAUAAACAAAAUAAUAGAGAUAACAGAAAGUUUGAAGUUGAACAUACAAAUUUUUUUAAGGGAAUUUACUAUAAAAUUGUGGGUCGACCUAGCGAAACAACAAAUUAUGAUCAAACACCAAAAAACGAAGAUGAAAAGGAAAAGGAAAAGGAAAAUGAAAAUACAAAUAAAAGUGACUAA